AUAUUUAUAAAAUAAGAUAACCUAAAAUUUUAAUCUAAUAUUUUUUUAAUAUAUAUAAUGGAGUGGCAGAAGGUAUUAGAAAUUCUUACAUGUAAAUUAAAAUCAACAUUUCUUUUAGAAAAGAAUAUAAAACAUGAAAAUGAAAUUAUGUUUCAUUUAUGGAAUGAUCAAAAUAUAAAAAAGCUUAUACAUUUAUGGUUGGAAGAUCAUUAUAAUAAAAAAGAAUUUAAAUCUAUUACCAAAGCACAAUCUUUUAAGAUAAUGGGAAAUAAAGAAUUUCAAGCAAAGAAUUAUAUGAAAAGUGUUGAAUCAUAUACAAAAUGUGCUCUUUAUGCCCCUGUGAAUAGUUGUGAAUUACCAAUUGCAAUUGCAAAUAGAUCUGCUUCAUUAUUUUAUUUAAAUAGAUAUGAUGACUGUAUAAAAGAUAUUGAAUUAUCAAUAAAAUUAAAUUAUCCUAAAGAAUUACAUUAUAAAUUAUAUUUACGUGCAAUACAAUGUUAUUUAAAAUUGGAUAAACAUCACUUAGCUAAAGAAACAUUAUCUAAAAUACAAAAAUUAAUUCAUGAUCCUAAUUAUAUAAAACCUUCUAUGAGAGAUAAUAUUGAAAAAAAAAUAUGUAAUAUAACAUUUAUUGAGUCAUGUGUUCAAGAUAUUGUACACAAUACUGAUGAUAUAUCAAAAUUAAAAUCCCAAAUUGUAUUUGAAGAAAAUACAAAUUUUCCUAAUGCAUCUAUAACUAUAGAUAGAAUACAUAAUGAAAAAUUAGGAAGGCAUGUAAUAGCAAACAAAUUUAUUAAAGAAGGUGAUAUUCUUUUCUUAGAAGAACCUAUCAGUUUUGUGUUAUUAAAUCAUGAUACAUAUAGUUAUUGCCAAUACUGUAAUAAUUUGAAUACUGAUAUUCCUGUUCCAUGUAGAACAUGUUUAAAUACUUUCUAUUGCAAUGAAAAUUGUUUAACUAAAGCAUGGUCUUCGUAUCAUUGCUGGGAAUGUCCAGGAAAUCAAAUGAAUCUUUGGAAAGAAAUUGGAAUAGGACAUUUAGCUCUCAAAGUUUUAUUAACUUGUUCAACUAUAACAGAUAAGAUUAAAUUUAAUGAAAUGCAAAAUUUAAUUACUAAUUUUGACAAGUUAUCUAUAGAUGAUUUAACUAUAUAUGGAAUUACAGCUAUUAUGCUUACUAUAUAUUUAUUUAAAUAUACAAAUUUUUUUAAAACAAAUAAUCUUGAAGAUUCUUUAAUGAAAAAAUUUUUGAAUAAUUUUUUCAAUUUAAAUUUUAAUAUUUUAACAAAUAAUGACAAACAACUUUAUAUAAGCUCUUUACUUUUACGAUAUAUUCUUCAACUUAUUAGUAAUGGACAUGCCAUUACAAAAUCAAAUAUAUUUUUAAGUGAAAAUGAUUCUUCCAUGAUUCAACAAGAUAUUGUAGCUACAGGAAUUUAUCCUUCUGCAAGUAUAAUGAAUCAUUCUUGUGAUCCUAAUAUAAUUAACAUCUUUGUAAAUCAAUAUCUUAUUGUCAGAGCAUCAAGAGAUAUUUCUCAAGGUGAAGAAAUUUUUAAUUGUUAUGGUCCACACUACAGGCAUAUGACAACAGAAAAUAGACAAAAAAUUUUAAAAAAUCAGUAUUGCUUCAUUUGUAAGUGUAAAGCAUGCACUUUACCAAAAUUACAAUACUUCGUGGAAAGAUUUAAUGCAAUGAAAUGUUUAAAAUGUAAUGGUGCAUUAUGUAAUAUAAAAAAUUCUACAUAUUGUUUAGAUUGUGAUGACAAAUCUCAAAUUCCACUUUUAAAUAAAAUAAUACAAGCUAAUAAAAUUUUUCAAAUAUCUGAAGUUUAUAUUAACUUAGGUAAACCAGAAAAAGCAUUAGAUAAAUUAGAAAAAUGUUUGCAUAUUAGAAAAACAGUAUUGUAUAAAUAUAAUGAAGACAUAACAAUUACAUUAAAUCUUAUGGCAGAAAUGUAUAAAAUAAUGGGACAAUGGGUAAAUAGUAUUAUGUGUUUGGAAAAUACACUUGCUGCAAUUAAAGAAAAAUUUGGAUCAUUCAGCAUAGAACUUCUUAAUCAAUUGCAUAAUCUUAUAGAUAUGUGUUUUAAAUAUUUAGAAAAAGAAUUAAAUACUAAGAAUACAAAUACACACAAGAAGAUAAUAAAAAAAACUCAAAUAUUUUUAAAUCAAAUAGAAGAAAUUACAAAUUUUAAUUAUGGAUUUUGGAGCAAUAUAUAUAAAGAUGUAAAAGAAAAACAAAAUCAAUUUCUUAAUUAUAGUACUUAUAAUUUA